CGCGCGGAGGGCCGUGUGCUGGAGUGCGGCAACUCACGGACCUAGUGCUUGUGGUGGCAUGUGGUCACUGAUGACAGGUGCCUUAUGGCGGUCGCGGUAGUGCAGUGUCGAGAAGCGUCCGUAGUUCCCGAACUAGCAGCUACACCAUGCUGGUGCGAGUGAUGGUGCUGUUCCAACUGGUGCUCCUCGUGAUUGCCGGCGGAGUCCUCAGCGAUGACGGCAGGCGCUACCGAGGCGUCGUUCCUCUGCAACUGCACCGGGAUUCGUCCGAUGUCUUCCAACACGCAGUGGACAGCGACGCGGCACGGCGGCUGCAGAGGCGGUCGACGGCUGCGCCUUCGUCGCUGGCGUCGCGGCGCCGGGCGACUGCACAGGCGCGAGCGGCCCUCCGGCGCAGACUCGCCGGCGGCGCCGACGCCGAGAUGCUCUUCACGUCCGAGACGAGGAACGCGCACGCCGGCAGGUUGCCACCACCGGAGGAGGAUACUACGAAGCCGCCCGGUAAGGAGGAAAACGACAGCGGCAGCGAGAAUAAGGUGGUGUCGACGUCACCACGGUACGUCCUCCGCGGGCGACGACCGCCCUACACAGUACUGGACCGCAGGGCGUCGUCGGCCAACAGCUCCAGGGACAGCAGCGAAGAGGACGAGGCGACGAAGCAGCGGAAGAGGCGACCGUCCAAGGAGGCGUCACACUCCGACGACGAUAACGACGACGAUAGUGACAGUGACGGCGACGACUCCUCGGAGGAGAGGAGAGGUGCGAAGAUGGACGGACCCGGUGGCGGGAGGGUUUCUGACGAACGGAAACUCGUGCGGAAGAGGAGGCCGGGACAAGCUAUUUCCGGUGUUGAAAGUAAGGAUACGGAGUCCGUGAGAGGCGUGCGUUCCUCGACUGCCACACCGACGCAGGAGGCGACGACAGAAGUGAAGCCGCAGAAGUCGACGGAAGCCGUCUCGUCUACAGCGCCGAGUGUAGAAGCGGCGCAGGGCGAGCAGAGGGCGGCCGGCUCGAGAAAGAGACGUCCGUCCAAGGUUGUCGACAGCGGCGAAGAGACGACGAAGGCGGCGGAGGCGGCCCACAAGAGGCGGCGGCCCUCGGACACGGCGCUGUCGCCGGCGUCUUCGCCGCCUUUCCACCCGAUGCUGCCCGCGGCGUCGGCGCUCACCAUGUCCGACUCGCUGUACAACCACUUCCGGCCGCUGAGCGACGUCCCGGAGGACCACCUGCUGCCCUUCCUCAGCUUCGGCAAGAAGCUGCCCUCCAAGGCGGCGGCGGUCGCGCACCGGGCCGCCACGGGCAGCACCAACUCGCUGCUGCCGGAGGCCUCCGCGGGCCACGGCCGCGGGGGCGGCUGGGCGCUGACGACGGCGCCGCCCCCGGAGCAGCAGGGCUCCGGCCAGCGCCGGCCCCCGGAGGACGUGGUGGACGAGCACAUGGACGUGGCGCUCGUGCGGACCGCCGUCGAGCGCAACAAGGCGGCACGCGGGGCUGCUGCCCCCAGCGCGCUCCGCACACUCUACACGAGCGCCCAGCGCAGGCCCAGCUUGGACGAAUCGACGACGACAACCAGCUCUGGACCUGCCCAAGCGCAGAAUGGGUCAGUCGAAGUCCCAAGCAUGUCGCCAGUGGACGCUUCUGUCGACGCCAACAGAACGAGUGAGGCGCCGGUGUCUCCCUCGAUACAGACAGACGUUCCUCCUCCAGCCACGUCGUCUCUGAAGACGCAGACACCCGCCGUAGUGACGUACAGGCGCAGAAGUACCACCACUACAGUUCUGCCGUCGGUGAAGCCUCUCUCCAGCAGUGAUUCGUCUUCCAGUGUCACGAAUACAUCAUUUCCCGCCACCACCAUUGCUUCACCCUUCACUAACAGCACAACCAGCGACACUGCCAAUUCCUUCAUUGCCACUAAUUCCAGUACUACUGGAUCCACGACAGGCAACAUGGCUACCACUAUCCCAACCACCACAGUUACGAGCACAACUAUCACCACUUCUACAGCCACGUCUUCAACCACCUCUACCAGGACUACUCCUUCCACCAUCACCACAACUCCAAAUCCCUCACGUUCCAACGAGCGUCCUAGCAGCCGGUGGACUAUUAUUGUAACCACACCGCCCGCUCCGCAGGAAACCUUCCCUCCUCCACCAAGAUUUACCAGAAAGCCAACUGCCGUGAGCUACACUGCCAACUCUCCAAAACAUGCCACGGAAGGCACAACUGCAGAACUGAACACUACACCAGUCUACGAAAGCAGCUCCGUUUCACCGGUACUUUCUCUCCAAACUUCAUCCUCACCUGCAUCCGAGUCAUCUGACAUUCCAUCAGCACUCGUCUCGAGCCUACCAUUUAGCGCUUCCUCAUUCAGAGUACGUUUUCCGUCGCCUCCAUCUGUGUCUCCCGCAAGAGAUCCUCUACCGCAUAAACCUAGGAAUUCCAGCAUCUACAGCACCAUUAAUCGCAGGCCGUUCUUACGGAAACCGCCAGCGAAGCUGGUGACUGCAACUUCACCACCAAACCAAAGAAACUUGACCGAACCGCCGCAGUUCACGAAUAGCGUGUACAUGGACGCUCGACAUUCUUUGCUGCCCAAGCCCAACAACAUUUCUUGGCUCCCGGUGUCUCAGGAACUUCCCGUGAAGAACUUCACCAAAAUUUCGCUACAAAGGCCGGCACACAAGUAUCCUAGGCCAGAUAUUACGUUACGGAGAAGACCGACUCUGCGGGAUAACGAACAUAUAUCUGUGCUAGAGAACACCACCCCAGUAACUGAUCUGGCGAAGGUACGUGGAAAUGAGACAGCAUCGUCUAGUCUUGGAGCCAACUUAGGUUCUGCAGCCAAAGAAAGCCCUGUAGAUAUUCCAGAUGAGGGCAUGAUGUUGGGUCUGUCACCACCGCCACCCACAACUAAAAUUCUGUCCACGGCCGUGGUGACCUCUGUUUCUGUACAGGGUGAGUGGAGGUCGCCAGUAACGACAACAAUUCCACCAGCUUUGUUGCCUCUGCCUCUAGAGCUGACAGCGGAGUCUGACUCCAGUUCAGAGAGCAGGAGUAGCUCUGCUCCAGCUCCAAGCAAGGCAGCGACAUUGAACUCGUCUAGUGUGGUUAAUGCAACUGCGCGAGGCAACGCAGACGUCAAUACAGUAGUCAGUGUAAAGAACGAGCCUCCUGUAACAGCUGCCCCCGUCCCUCAAACUACUGUAAGUACGCAGAGCUCGGAAGUCUCUUCGACUUCAUCAUUCCAACCCAGCUCGACGUCUGGAUUCGAUGAGUCUAAAGAUACUCCCAAUCACGAACAGCAGAAACAGAAUGUCACGAGCGAGGCCUCCUCUAUUUCUUCCCAGAUCGAGUCUACCACUCAGCGUCCUGAAUAUAAACUGAAAAUUGCCGAUGAUCCAACCACGAUACCAGAAGUCUCCAGUGAACCUGUCACAUUACCUGAUCGAAAUCUCAAAAAUGUCACUGCUGCGCCCUCCUCGAAAACUCCAGACACAACAACAGAAGCGAGUAAACAGUCUUCGGAAGUUGGUGCGCUCACUACACCCAGUACCUCAGUGCAGGAAUUGGAGAAGGCGACGCAACCAACCGAAGAGAGUGCACUGACAACGACAGUAGGUGUAGAAUCCACCUCUGCAGGCCACACAUCAGGGAUGGCAAUAUUCGAGCGACCUGAUAAAGAGUACGACCUACCGAUAGUCCACCUGUACAAUGGCAGCUCGACAGUUUGGAUGACUGAAGCGGCGGUACCAGCGAGGGGUGGUGAGCAGACGACGCAGAAGACAACUACCACUGAAGGCAUCAGCAGCCCAACGCCAAAGACUGCUACUGCUGAAGACACUGGAAGCCCAACGCCGAAGACGAACGCCACUGGAGGCGGUCAGUCGACCUCAUCCAACUCGUCAUACCAGCCGGGCGUUCAGUGGGGAGCAGGUGUGCAGCCAGGGUGCGGCAACGCCAGUCAUUGCUACGAGGCGGCGGCGCCCACUCCUGGUUCUGAAGACCCUGAGGACUCUUGGGGCAUGCAUGCUGGCAUGUACGCACUUGGAGUGCUCUGCACCGUCCCGUUGGCCAUCGCUGCCGCCUUCGGUGUUCGCUUCUUGGCGCGGAAGCGGAGAAAGUUCCUGGACGAAUCCGACACGUGUUCCGAAGUGAGCUGCCCGCCGCGUGGACUCAUCAGCAGGGCAGACACUGACAUCGACGCAGAUUCCAAGGCAACAAGACUGCAGACGCACCUGGGCUGGGAGCAGGAGACCCUGCCUGUAACCUGCUGGGAAGUGCCCCGUUCCAAACUGCGGCUGCAGACGGUGCUGGGCCAAGGGAACUUUGGACAGGUGCUGAAAGCAGAAAUAGAUGAUAUAUGUGGUGGCAUUGGCUCCACUAGACUUGUAGCUGUGAAGACUGUGAAGGAGGAUGCAAGUCAGAGAGAUAAAGAUGAUCUCCUGCGUGAGAUGGAGAUCAUGAAAACACUUGGAGCCCAUCCAAAUGUAGUCACACUAUUGGGAUGUUGUACUGAACAAGAACCACAUCUGCUGAUAAUGGAAUAUGUGAUGUAUGGGAAACUUUUGGCUUACCUUCGUGACCACCGAACUAGACGAAAGUAUUUCAACUUCUGUGAAGAUGAUUCAGAUGCUCUUACAUCUCGUGAUCUCACUAUUUUUGCCUACUGUGUUGCACGUGGAAUGGAAUACCUUUCUUCAAGAGGAAUAAUCCACCGUGACUUAGCAGCUAGGAAUGUGCUUGUGGAUCACAAUAAAAUGUGCAAAGUUGCAGAUUUUGGCAUGUCUCGAAGUGUCCAGGAUCUCGGUGAUGUAUAUGAGCAGAGACACACGAAGGGGGCUCUUCCAAUUCGAUGGAUGGCACCAGAGUCCCUCUUGUACCGUAUCUUCACGCAUAAAUCCGAUGUCUGGAGUUUUGGAAUUCUUAUAUGGGAAAUUGUUACACUGGGGUCAACACCAUAUCCAGGCCAGUCAGCUCGAGAAGUAGUCAGGUCAGUUCGAGAAGGUGGGCGUUUGGAGAGACCACCGCAUUGCAGGCCUGAGUUUUUCCGAUUGGCUUCUCGGUGCUGGCACCAUGAUCCAAGUCGCCGACCAUCCUUUGGGGAACUCAAACGAGAAUUAGCAGCAUUAGUUGAGGACGUACGUUUUGGAGGAGGCUAUGUUGAUCUGGAUGCGUUUGCAGACCAUGGCUAUUGUUACGGUAGAAUACCUACUGCAGUACGACCUAGUGCUAACAAUACUGCUGACACAACAACAACUGCUGAGGAAUGUGAUGCAGAAGUUAUAAGUAUGUAACUUAAGGUGUUCACAGAAGCAGUCACUUUCCUGCUGGUAACGAUGAUGAUGAUGA